ACAGCCGCCUUCAAAGACUUUCUCCAAAACUUCAAAUCCUCCUCCACCGAAACCGAAGAUGCCCUAGAAGACUUGCGCCUCGAUGGCGACGGCACGAGCGAUGAGUACGACUUUAUGGACGAUGCGGAAUACGGCAACGGCGAGACCAGGCGCACAAAGUCAAAAGUGAAAUACAUGAACGUUCUACAAAGCGUGGCAGAUCGCAAAUCGAGCCAGGUGCUGGUGGAUCUGGAUGACUUGGUAGAAUACGAGAAGUCGUUGGACUCAGAGGAUGCUUCUGCGUUGAACUUGGUGUCUUCAAUUGAGACCAAUGCGUAUCACUACAUCGAGAUCCUCUCUCGGGCAGUUGACUCUCUGCUUCCUACGCCGGAGAAAGAGCCCACUUUCAAGGACGACGUGCUGGAUAUCAUCAUGAGCCAACGGACAAAGCGCAACGAGGCGGUACGAGAACAGCAGGACAAUAACCUCGACACUGGUAUUCCGGAAUCGAUAUUCCCACCAGAGCUUACUCGAAGGUAUACGCUCAACUUCAAGCCUGUAACGGCCUCGGGAUCAAGCAGCGAAAAGAGUGGAAAGGCGAUGGCUGUGAGACAAGUUCGAGGAGAGCAUUUGGGACAUCUCAUCACAGUUCGCGGUAUCGCGACCCGAGUGUCUGAUGUAAAGCCAUCUGUGCAGGUCAAUGCAUACUCUUGCGAUCGAUGUGGACACGAGAUCUUCCAGCCCAUCACUUCCAAGCAGUUCACUCCUCUGGUCGAGUGCACAUCAUCAGACUGCAAGGACAACAACGCAAAGGGACAACUCUUCCUUUCUACUCGCGCCUCGAAAUUCUUGCCAUUCCAGGAGGUCAAGAUCCAGGAGAUGGCCGAUCAGGUUCCAGUUGGUCACAUUCCUCGACAACUCACAAUUCACUGCCAUGGCGAGCUCGUCAGACAGGUCAACCCGGGCGAUGUGGUCGACAUUGCUGGUAUCUUCAUGCCAACACCAUACACCGGCUUCCAGGCGAUUAGAGCAGGCCUCCUCACGGACACUUACCUCGAAGCACAGCACGUUCGCCAGCACAAGAAGGCCUACGAUGACAUGGUGUUGGCACCGACGACGAUCAGACGAAUGACGGAGCUUGAGCAGUCUGGGCAGCUCUACGAAUACCUAAGUCGAUCGAUUGCACCUGAAAUCUUCGGUCACUUGGAUGUCAAGAAGGCACUGCUCCUGCAACUGAUUGGUGGUGUGACGAAGGAGAUGGGUGAUGGCAUGCGCAUUCGUGGUGACAUUAACGUCUGCUUGAUGGGUGAUCCAGGUGUUGCCAAGUCUCAACUUCUGAAGUACAUCACAAAGGUCGCUCCUCGUGGUGUAUACACUACUGGACGUGGUAGCAGUGGUGUCGGUCUCACCGCUGCUGUCAUGCGCGAUCCUGUGACUGAUGAAAUGGUUUUGGAAGGUGGCGCUCUUGUGCUCGCAGACAACGGAACUUGCUGCAUUGACGAAUUUGACAAAAUGGACGACAGCGAUCGUACGGCAAUUCACGAAGUCAUGGAGCAGCAGACCAUCUCCAUCUCCAAGGCAGGAAUUACAACAACCCUCAACGCACGAACAGCAAUCCUGGCCGCAGCCAACCCUCUUUACGGCCGCUACAACCCUCGCAUCUCACCAGUCGAGAACAUCAACCUUCCCGCGGCACUUCUUAGCAGAUUCGAUGUCCUUUUCUUGAUUCUCGAUACGCCAAAUCGAGACUCCGACGAAGAGCUCGCACGCCACGUCACAUUCGUGCAUAUCAACAACAAGCACCCAGAACCGCAAGGAGGCGGCCUGAUCUUCUCACCGAAUGAAGUCCGACAAUGGGUUGCCCGUGCACGGUCGUUCCGCCCAGUGGUACCGAAACAGGUCUCCGACUACCUCGUGGGCGCAUACGUCCGUCUUCGACAACAACAGAAGCGCGACGAAGCUGGCAAGAAGACUUUCACGCACACCUCGCCCCGAACACUCCUCGGAAUCUUGCGUUUGUCGCAAGCCCUGGCUCGUCUCCGUUUUGCAGAUGAAGUCAUCACUGAUGAUGUCGACGAGGCUCUGCGUUUGAUCGAAGUCAGUAAAGCCAGCUUGUACGAUGACAACGUCAACCGGCGAGGCGACCAGUCCGCCAGCACGAAAAUCUUCAACCUCAUUCGCGGAAUGCGGGAGAGUGGUGCCGCGGCGACUGCAGAGGGUGGCGGAGAGCUCGACCUGCGCAAGGUCCGAGAGCGUGUUUUGGCAAAGGGUUUCACUGCGCAACAAUUGGAGGCUGCGUUGGACGAGUACGCGGAUAUUGAUAUUUGGCAAACUGCUGCGGAAGGUACUAGGCUCGUGUUCAUCGAAGCGGGCGAGGACGAUGCUGAUAUGGGGGAUGAGUACUCAUGA